CCCUGCGGCGUCUUCGUCGCGUUCGGCGCGUGGUGACGCCCGCAACGCCAACGGCUACAACGGCUGCUCCAGCUGCUGCUGGUCCCCGAGGCCGUCGAGCCAGCCGGGGAGCAAAUCGUCUACCCGGCGCCGGCCAUCUCAGAGGGCACGGCACCAUCCCAAGCACCAAGGGGGGCAAAAAGCUCUACUUGGAAUGGCCACAGGUGAAAAUUCCAUGGUCUCCAGAAUGGCAUGACGAAUUGGUUGAAAUCCUACAGUCCAAGUCCUUGGACAUACACCAUGAAGGUCAUCAAUUCUUCUUGGAAAAUUGUCAUGGGAAGCGCUUCAAAGCCAAGAGUAAACACUGCCAGG